AUGUCAUUAAAACGAUUUAUAUCUCGUCGUGGCAAGCCAACUGAAAUAUUUAGUGAUAAUGGUACUAAUUUUGUAGCUGCCGCGAAAGAAAUAGGCUCGUUCAUCAAACAGAAAAAUGAACCUUUAGUUGACUUUGCAAGUCAGCAAUCUAUAAAUUUUAAAUUCAUUCCGGCUUACACUCCUCAUUUUGGUGGCAUAUGGGAAGCCGGGGUUAAGUCGGCAAAACAUUUGUUACGACGAGUUUUAGGCGAAUGUCACUUGACGUUCGAGGAACUGUCUACUUUAUUCGCACAAGUGGAGGCGAUUCUCAAUAGCCGUCCCUUGUGUCCCCUCUCAUCCAGUCCCAACGACCUCCUUUCCCUCUCCCCAGGACAUUUCAUCAUUGGCCGACCGCUGAUCGCUCUGCCAACACCAAACCUGGAAGACGUGAAGGAAGGCCAAUUGCGACGCUAUAUGCGCCUUGAGAAGCUGAGGCAACAUUUCUGGAGAAGGUGGCAGAAGGAAUACCUCUCUGAAUUACAACAAAGGACAAAAUGGCGGACAAACACGUCAAAGCUGGACGUGGGAGAUAUGGUGCUGCUAGCGGAUGACAACGCGCCCCCUCUCACUUGGAAACUCGGCCGCGUACUUCGUCUCAUACCCGGACCUGACGGGAUAUCCAGAGUGGCAGACGUCCUCACCACCAAGGGCUGCGUGCGACGCGCCUUUGUGCGCCUCUGCAAACUUCCCUCAGCUGAAGAUUUAAACGGUUGAAACUACCUUUCAACGGCCGGGAAUAUGUUCAGGCGUAAACGCCUGUUCUAAAUGAAUAGCAAAAAGUUGUGAAACAUGUAACUAUUGCAAAUUGCAUAGGCGUUUCGGCGCGUAUUAGUAAUAUUCAAUGUCAUCGUUCACUUGCCUGACAACCAUUGUCCGUGUAACUUCUAAUUAUUAUAUUAAACCUAAUUUCGCUAA